UUUUCAUUUGAAGUUUAGAAAUAAAAAUCAGAGAAUAUAACAAUUUCCAUAUAUUUUCUUCAAAAACCUAUUCCAAUAAAAUUUAAAAGAAUAUGGCCAAUUACGCCCUCAGAUGUCAAAUUCAGCAGCUGCUGAGUGCAUUGAUUUGUUAUGACAACGACUAUCAACGGAUUGGCGUUGAGAUUAAAAAGGCACAAGAGAAACACAAAAAAGAAUUGGAUCAAAUCAUUUUCCCAUGUUCGACUAAACUGAAAUUGGGAUGUUCCCCCAAAAUGCUGCAGCAUCAAAAAGAUUUUGCAACGAGUAUCCAGGAUGUGGACAAAAUGAAAGAAGCGUUUAAUAAACGCAUGAAUGCUUUGUCUAACGAACGUUGGGAUAUUUUUGUUGCAGCAAAAAAAUGUUUUCAAGAAAUGCAAAAAAUCAAAAUUCACCAUCAACGAUACCACCUAUAUGCGAUUGAUGAUCUAAAGAAGCGGAUUCUGGAAGCCCCAGACAAGAAAACAAGAGAUGCCUUUGAAAAUGAGAUGCAGGAAUUGAAUAAACAAUUUGUGCAGGACACCACACACAUUGAGAGAUGUGAAAGGGUAUUGAGGCCAUUUUUGCACCUAUUAUCGGAGUCUGAUAUUUAUGUGCCAAAACCCCAUUGCAAUUUGAAGGAAUUGAAUAUUGGAGACACAAAAGCCAAAUCUUUUGAAGAGGUCUUGGCAUUGGAACAAACCAUAAAAUCUACAAUGGGAAGUGUUUUAAGAAAAUUAUUAGCCAUGAUCCAUAUAUACCAGCCUUCCGAUGCCAAAAGUUUCGCAGCCAAUUAUCUGAUGCAUUUGAAGAAUAUUGAAGAUAUUGUGAAGGAAAAAUUGGAAUCAUUUGAAUGUAAGAGAGAUGAUUAACUGAGCAUGGAGAAAAUAUAAAUAAAUUUUUGGCCUGAAUUGAGAAUA